UACCAACUCAAGUGGAAGAAAAUCUACAUGGAACCAGGAUCCACCAUAAAAUUACUCAAGUGGAAGACCCGCGCAAGCAACCAAAUUCUCGAUGGCAAAGUCAUUCGACAGGCAACACUUGCAGAGUUCAAGCCUUUUACGAAAAUUUAUUAUUAUUCUGUGGUUAUCAUUCCCUUCCUCUUUGUUAAUCCACUUUUGCUUUGAACCGUCAGCUACCUCAUCAUCUCCGUUCUGCAUCCUUUCACUAUGGAUUUGGUUUUUCCUAAUUGCAUAAACGCUCCAUCUUUCCCCGCUGAGCGCCAUAGAAUAAGCCUCCGCCGUACACGUUCCCAGAUUUCACACUCAACGGUUCAAACGAGGAACAGAUGGUUGCCGAUUCGAGUUUCGAGUCUUGCAGCGGUGGCGUCCACGCCUGAAAAUUCCCCUAGUGGAACCGCCACCUCUGGCACUAGGAUCAGUCGGAGAGUAGCGUCUACUUCAGAGAAUGAGAACAAGGCUUCUUCAGAGUUGCUACGUAAGUCUAGCGCUGCCAUGGAGCAGCUCGACAUCGAGCGCGGAGUCUGCUUGCCAUUUCGGAAGUACUCUCCCGAGACAGUAUGAAUAACAGUGAGGAAUAAGGUGUUGGAAUCUAGAGGGGCUAUAGCGUCUCUAAUGUUACGUGGAGUGGAGAUAGUGUGGAAUUUGGGGUUGUACUGGUCUGCCUUGAUGUAUGAUUUCUUGGUGGGAAGGGAUGAAGAGGUAGUUCCAUAUCGUGCUCGUCAGCUGAGGAACCUCUUGUGCGAUUUAGGGCCUUCUUUUAUCAAAGCUGGACAGGUUCUUGCCAACAGACCUGAUAUCAUUAGAGAAGAUUACAUGAACGAGCUAUGCAUUCUUCAAGAUGAUGUUCCUCCUUUUCCCAAUCAGGUUGCUUUCAAGAUUAUUGAAGAGGAAUUAGGCCAACCUCUUGAAGCCGUAUUCACUAAAAUUUCAUCACAGACAAUAGCGGCUGCAAGCUUGGGUCAAGUUUACCGAGCAACCUUACGUGAUACGGGCGAGGAUGUUGCAAUUAAGGUGCAAAGGCCUCAAAUAGAGCCCAUAAUCUACCGGGAUCUUUUUCUUUUCAGAACACUUGCUUCAUUCCUAAAUGGCAUCAGCUUACAGAAAUUGGGAUGCAAUGCUGAGCUGAUAGUUGAUGAAUUUGGUGAGAAACUGUUGGAGGAGCUUGAUUACACCUUGGAAGCCCGUAAUAUUGAAGAUUUCCUGGAAAACUUCAAAGAUGAUCCUACUGUUAAAAUUCCUAAGGUUUACAGAAACCUUUCUGGUUCGCGUGUUCUAGUAAUGGAGUGGAUAGAUGGUAUUCGCUGCACAGCCCCACAGGCUAUCAAGGAAGCUGGCAUUGAUGUAAAUGGAUUUUUAACAGUUGGGGUGAGUGCUGCUUUGCGGCAAUUGCUAGAGUUUGGGUUAUUUCAUGGAGACCCACAUCCUGGUAAUGUUUUUGCUAUGCGAGAUGGACGUAUUGCAUAUGUGGACUUUGGGAAUGUUGCAGUACUUAGUCAGCAAAAUAAGCAAAUCCUGAUUGAUGCUGUGGUGCAUGCUGUAAAUGAGGAUUAUGUUGAGAUGGCAAAUGAUUUCACCAGGCUUGGCUUCUUGGCCAGUGGAACUGAUGUCUCUCCUAUCAUUCCAGCUUUGGAAGCAAUUUGGCAGAAUUCAGUUGGGAAAGGACUUUCUGAUUUCAAUUUCAGAAGUGUCACAGGAAAAUUUAAUCAGUUGGUUUAUAAUUAUCCCAUCCGUAUACCAGAGCGAUUUUCCCUUGUUAUCCGUUCUUUGUUGACUCAAGAGGGCAUCUGUUUUACCCUGAAGCCAGAUUUUAAAUUUCUUGAGGUUGCCUAUCCAUAUGUGGCAAAGCGCCUACUGACAGACCCAAAUCCAGCUCUUCGUGAACGCCUGAUAGAGGUGUUGUUUAAAGAUGGUGUUUUCCAGUGGAAACGGCUUGAAAAACUUAUUGUUCUUGCAAAGGAGAAUGUAGCUAGGAUGAGCAGCAACCCUGCACUGCAAGUAAAGAAUAAGCAAAAUUCAAGAAAGUUGCAAGUGGAAAGGAAGCUAGAUCUGACAGACACCAUCAGAGAUGGAGCUCGUCUUUUCUUUACUGAUGAAGUGAUUCGUAGACAGCUGAUUUUGGCUCUGACUGAAGAUUCAAAGCUUCACAUUGAAGAGCUCGUAGACGUUUAUAAACUGGUUGAGGAUGAACUAGACAUACCCUCGGUAGCUGUCGAAGUUGUACGAGACAUUCCUGCAUUUAUCCGGGAUCUCAUUCUUUCAUGGAGCGACUCGGUCUUAUCUGACAGAUGAUUAAUGCUUGAUGCAACAGUAUAAAGAGUUCAGCUGCUAUAAACUCGACAUUAUUAUCUAGAAGUGAGUCUAGCAGAUCUUAGAUCAAAUACUUGCAGUGAAAUUUGUGCAUUUAUUAUUUUAGUUUUGUGCACAUCUGAAUUGAUUGUGCACCUGAAAAAAAAAGACUUCUUGUACAGGGAUGAGCAUUUAGUAGGCGCAUCCUAUUGCAAAUACAAUGCCAACAAAAAGACAUACCAUUUUUCCUUUACGGAGGGAAUUCUCUCAAAUUGUAAAUGCCUAGUGAAUUAUUUGUUGUAUGAAAACAAUUAGAAGGAAAAAUAGAUUUUGGAUAAAAGUAUCUCCAAAACAAUAUGAUUUCCUUUAGACAA